GCAACUAGCAUUAAUAGCUGCAAUAGACUAUUUUCAAUAAAGACAAGCUGGUAAAAGCAGCCAUUAAAAUGUUAACAAUAAGUCAAGUUCUUAUAGCCUUGGCUGUAUUUCUUCUAAUUAUGCAGUUUUUUAAGUUGCAACGAGUACGGAGACGGCUUCCUCCUGGACCAACCCCUCUCCCAAUUUUUGGGACCUUGAUACAGCUGAACUUUCAGUUUAAUCGUGAUCUCCUCAUGAAGCUGGCAAAAAUUCAUGGCAACAUAUUCACCUUAUGGUUUGGGUGGGCCCCAGUGAUUGUGCUGAAUGGAUAUCAAGCAGUUAAAGAUGGUAUGACCAUGCACCCUGAAGAUGUUUCUGGGAGGCUAGUGUCUCCUUUCUUCAGAGCAAUGGCUAAAGGAAAAGGGAUUAUGUUGGCAACUGGUCACACCUGGAAGCAGCAGAGAAGGUUUGCACUGAGGACUCUACGCAACCUUGGUCUUGGGAAAAGAGGUCUGGAGCAUCGAGUUCAAGAAGAGGCCCACUACCUUGUAGCCUUCUUUACAAGUAUGAAAGGGAAGCCCCUGGAUCCGUCUUUUCCUCUCUUUCAUUCUGUCUCAAAUGUAAUUUGUGCUGUUGUUUUUGGACAUCGUUUCUCCAGAGAGGAUGAAACAUUCCAUGAACUGAUUAGAGCCACAGAGCAUCUAUUCAAAUUUGGAGGCAGCUUUAUUCAUCAUCUAUACGAAAUCUUCCCCUGGUUGAUGUGCCGCCUCCCUGGUCCUCAUAAGAAGGCAUUGUCUUGCUAUGAGGUUCUGCGCUCUUUUACAAGGAGAGAGAUUAGAAUGCACACAGAGCGUGGGACACCAGACGAAUUGCAGGAUUUCAUUGACUUUUACCUGGAUCACAUUGAAAAAUCCAAAGAUGAACCCAGGUCUACAUACAAUGAAGAAAACAUGGUUUAUUCUAUAAAUGACCUUUUCUUGGGUGGAUCAGAGACAACAAGCACUACUUUGAACUGGGGCCUGCUCUAUAUGGUGGCAAAUCCAGAUGUCCAAGAGAAAGUGCAGAAGGAGCUGGAUGCCGUUCUGAGUCCUUCCCAAUUAAUCUGCUAUGAGGAUCGGAGAGAACUGCCCUACACAAAUGCUGUGGUUCAUGAGGUUCAGCGCUUCAGCAAUAUUAUCUCGGUUGGCAUGCCCAGAGUGUGUGUGAGGAACACGACGUUGCUUGGCUUUCCCCUCAAAAAGGGCACCAUAGUUCUUCCAAAUAUUGCUUCGACUUUGUAUGACCCCGAGCAGUGGGAAACACCUCAACAGUUCAACCCUGGUCAUUUCCUGGAUAAGGAUGGAAACUUUGUGAGCCAAGAAGCCUUUCUGCCAUUCUCAAUAGGGCACCGUGUGUGUUUGGGGGAGCAUCUAGCGAGGACCGAGCUCUUUAUUUUCUUUGCCAGCCUGCUGCGGGCAUUCACCUUCCGGCUCCCCGAGGGGGUGACGAAGAUCAACACAGAACCCAUUUUGGGGGGUACACUGCAGCCCCACCCGUACAGGAUUUGUGCCAUUCCACGCUAGGGAGGACACGUGCAGUAUGUCACAGCCCAUCUAUUAAGCAAUCUUAUUUACAUUUGUGAAUGUAUGUCUUGAGACCAUAUAAUGUUCUUCACCUUGGAUAUGAAUUUCUGCUCCAAAAGCCACCUUUUGUCUACAGCAGGUAAUGUUGAUCAGACCCUGGUGCCUGCUCUUGAAGUUGAUUUUUUUUUUUUUUUUUGGUAAAAGUUCUUUUGCUCUGGAACACAGCAUCAUUCUCAGCCAUAAAGGCACCAUGCAGUUGCUAUCUGGCCUGGCAGAUUUCAGUCUGGUGCGCUGGUGAGCAACUGACGAAGUUGACUGGCAGACUUCAAAAAUUAACUCUUUAUCUUUGAGUUGUCCUGUUUGCUAAAGCCAUGGAGUUUGGAAAAACAUACCUGGAAAGUUCUGCCUCUUUAUAUUA